GUACAAUGUUUAGGUCGUUCAGUCAGAAUCAACACACCGAACUAUACGGAGGAGCGCUGACAAUCAAACCAUAACUUUGACAUUAGGGACACCAACCAGUACCAUUACACAACAACGGAAGGAACUAACAUCAACCAGCGAUGCAAGGUCCUCAAAUUCAGGUGCAAACUGUGCCCAUUCCACCUGCCUCUGUGGCAGGGGCAAAUCAACGAAGCAAGUACUCCGGGAGAUUGCGUAUACUUGGUAUUCUCCAAAUCAUUUUAAGUGGAGUUUCGGCUGCUUGUGGAUUGGCUGAUUGUCUUGUAUGGUAUGCAUGUAACUCUCUGGCGUCUGCUAUAUGGGGAGGUAUAUUGUUUUAUCUGCCAGCUGGGAUCCUCGUGCUUCUGACGGCGAAGUCUGUACCUGCAAGCAAAGGAUUGGCUAUCGCUGGCCUGGUGAUGUGUAUUCUUGCAGCGUUGGUGGCCGUGGUCAGUUUUGCCAUUUACAUCGCAGCGUUUGGUUUAAACCUUACCCACCUUGGCUAUGGGGGUCCGGCAGCAGCAGAUGCCAUCACUGGUCUGGUUAGUCUGGCUGAAGUGGUCAUCGCUAUAAUCUCCGCUGUUCACUGUGGCCUGACAUUGAACGAACCGCAGAUUACGAUGAGUUACCAACAACAAGACCAACCCAACAUGUAUGCCUCACAGCCGCCAACCCAAGGUGCUCCAGUUGGUUACAUGCAAAACCCAACGUACCCACCCAACACACAAAACCCGCCUGCGUAUUCUGCAGGUGGAGAGAAAGGUGGUUUUUAGUGAGAAUAGCGAGAACUACGCCCGAUGAUUUAUCCACAUUGCCAGUGACUCUUCAAAUAUACUCAACGAUUUUUGUUUAAGAUGUUUUCAAUCCUCGAGGUAGACUCCAGAAUCAGGAGCCUAAGCAAAGGUUUGGAAUUAGCCAUAGGCCUACUAUAGAUUUAAUUAAAGCACAUGUUCAAAACUACAAUCUGAAGGUAAUAAUGGCACCAAACUAUUAUUAUGUCCAGCCUUAGUUUGGUUACAAUGAGUUGGAAUGGAGUUAAAUCAAGAUGACCACACCGUGAUAAAGGUCUAUACUCUAUCUUCAUUUUAAUUAUUCUUUGAUGACUCUUUUGUAACUGGACAAUUACUGAAAUAGCUGGCUCGUGAUAAGAUGGGUUCCUAAUAUCGAAUGAGCGGUAAAAUCCAAAGUAACAAAAACAUCCGAUUAAUUUGCAAAGGAUCUCAGCAUGUAGACAACGUUUAAAAACAUCAGCAUAUUUAGUCAAAAUGUAUGUUUAGAUAUAGAAAUUGUUGCUCUUGUUUUUCCAUAAAAUAAGAUAUUAGAGUUUGAGCAUAAAUUGAUAUGUGUUUGUAUAGUUGCUAUUAAUUUGGAUAUAAUUACUUUUGGUAAGCCGCAUUGCAGCUGUUGUUUAAGUGUUUUGAGAAACGAUACCUAUUAAAGACAGUGGACACUAUUGGUAAUUACUCAAAAUAAUUAUUGGCAUAACACCUUUCAUGGUGACGAGU